AUGUGUAUUUAGGGAGAGUGAAGUUGCAGAGCAAAGAAGGAGAGCCCACAAAAGAAGCGAAGAGGGAGCAUCGUUCUCCCUUCCUUUCCUUCCAAGAUGAGUGCCAUGAAGUUUUGCCGCGAAUGCAACAACAUUCUGUACCCUAAGGAAGACAGGGACCAGAAGGUUCUUCUGUUCGCUUGCCGCAACUGCGAUCACCAGGAGGUUGCUGAUAACUAUUGUGUCUAUAGGAAUGAGAUACAUCACUCUGUUGGAGAGCGCACUCAAGUGUUGCAGGAUGUAGCUGCUGAUCCAACUCUUCCUCGUACCAAGUCUGUUCGCUGCAAUCAAUGCAACCAUGGUGAAGCUGUCUUUUUCCAGGCAACAGCAAGAGGGGAAGAAGGAAUGACACUUUUUUUCGUUUGCUGCAACCCAAACUGUGGAUACCGAUGGAGAGACUGAGAUUUGUGCUCACUCAAAUCAAUGAUCAAUAUUGUAGAGGUCUAACAUAUUUGUCUUCCAAAUUGGAUAGAACAGAGAAAUUUUGUUGUUAUAUGAAACUAGUUUAAUGCCGAGACAAUAGUACUUAAGUAUUUGUGCUGCCUUUUUUAACUGCUGUUAAUGAUCAAAUGAUUAGGGUAGUUAAUGGACAAAUCGCUGCAAGUCAGUGCUGAUAAAUUUUACGGAGGGAACUGUUUUCUUGGUUUGUUGAAGGAAAAAAGAGGGGUGGAGAGUUAGUAAUCAAAAUGUGUUUUUUUUUUUUUUUGCUAUGGUGUGAUAAUAU